ACCUGAAGGAGUCGCGCGGCAGCCGGCGCUGGCUGCUCUUCCUGGAAGGAGGCUGGUACUGCUUCAACCGGGAGAACUGCGACACUCGCUUCGACACCAUGCGGCGACUCAUGAGCUCCAAGCAGUGGCCAGUCACCAGAGUCGGAACUGGGAUCCUGUCAUCGCAACCAGAAGAAAAUCCCCACUGGUGGAAUGCCAACAUGGUAUUCAUCCCUUAUUGCUCAAGUGAUGUUUGGAGUGGUGCUUCUUCCAAGUCUGAGAAAAGUGAAUAUGCCUUCAUGGGAGCACUGAUCAUUCAGGAGGUUAUAAAAGAGCUGGUGGGGAAAGGUCUCAGCACUGCAAAAGUGUUGCUGCUAGCAGGAAGCAGCGCUGGAGGGACAGGAGUGCUCCUGAACGUGGAUCGAGUGGCAGAGCAGCUGGAGGAGAUGGGUUAUCAGGGGAUUCAGGUUCGAGGCUUGGCAGACUCUGGCUGGUUCCUGGAUAACAAACAGUAUCGCAGAACCGACUGUAUAGAUACCAUAACCUGUGCUCCAACAGAAGCCAUCAAGAGAGGAAUAAGAUAUUGGAAUGGCAUUGUUCCUGAGCGCUGCAAACUGCAGUUUAAGGAGGGAGAGGAAUGGAAUUGCUUUUUUGGAUACAAGAUUUAUCCCACUCUUCGGUGUCCAGUCUUCAUUGUCCAGUGGCUCUUUGAUGAGGCCCAACUUACUGUAGACAACGUACACCUAACUGGUCAGCCUGUUCAGGAGGGGCAGUGGCUCUACAUCCAGAAUCUGGGUAGGGAGCUGAGAAACACCUUGAAGGAUGUAACUGCUAGCUUUGCUCCUGCCUGCCUGUCUCACGAGAUCAUUACACGCAAUCACUGGACAGACAUCCAAGUGAAGGGGACGUCAUUACCCCGUGCCUUGCACUGUUGGGAUCGGAGCCUACAUGAGAGCAACAAAAACGGGAAAACUCCUCUAAAAGGUUGCCCGAUUCAUCUGAUUGACAGUUGUCCAUGGCCCCACUGCAACCCUUCGUGCCCAACCAUCAGAGACCAGUUCACAGGGCAGGAGAUGAAUGUGAUCCAGUUCCUCAUGCACAUGGGUUUCGAUGUUCAGAAGAUGGCACAGCAACAGGGCCUGGAGCCCAGUAAGCUCCUGGGAAUGCUCAGCAGUGGUAACUAGGAGGAGAUCUCCUGAGGGGCAAAGAUGAGGGCAGGUGGAGGAAGCUCUAAGUCCUUCCCUGGCCUCUCUGAUCUCCCUCAUGCUCACGCAGACAGGCGCACGCCCACACUCACGCAGGCUCGAACCCCACACGCCCACAGGCUCCCACAAUCUUGCACAUACAGGACGUGUCAAGAAAAGAGCAAUUUCUUCCUUUUGCUCUUUGAGUGGAACUCGUCACCUCCACGCUCCAGAGCUCACUUCUGGCCAUUCACAUCCUCUCCCUGUGCUACACAAGACAAUCUGGUGCAGGGAAUAGCAAAGUCAUAAAUAGCAGUGGAACCUUCCCCAGAUCUAGGACUUCUUCCCUUGCCACCAUCUUUUUUACAUCAUAGACUUGAUACAAGUGGUGAAAAAAAAAAAAAAGCAAGCACUGGAUUUCUUUUGACCAACUAGAAGUGAAGGAAUGAUUACAUGACUUCCUGGAGGUCAGUGUCUCAUGAUGUGUCAUAGCAUACAAACCAAGGACACACUAGGGGUGGACACUCUUGUACUCAACUUACU